ACUAGUCAGAGAGAUGGGAGCCCAAAAUCUUUCCUCCCCAUUUUCAGUUCCAUGGAGUGUAAUCAAAUCAAAUUUGCUUACUUCACGCAAAUCUAUUAAACGAAAUUCUGGCUUUGGCAUCCUUUUUAUUCAACUUAUCCUUGUGCCAAAUUUAGGCUCAAUUAUAAUAGGGCUGAAAUCUGGAAGAUUUUAGUCAUUUAUUUUUUUUUAGUUGUAAGUUGGAACAGAAGAAUUUUAUUCGAAUGAGUUAUCAUUCACCUGUUUGUUGUGGUAGUUACCCUUGUACAUUGUGAGGGUGGUGAGUUCAAUUCAUUUCGACAGUGUAAAUAUUUGAGAUGGAUGCGAAGGCUUUGGCAAAAUCAAAGAGAGCUCAUUCACAACACCAUAGUAAGAAGCCUCAUUCAAGUCAAAAGCCAAAACCUCCAUUAGUUGGUGGUAAUGAUGCUGCAAACGCAAAGAAGCAGACAGGCAAGCAAAUUCGAGAGAAAACGCAUCAGGCUCAGCGUGUAUCUGCACUACCAUCGAAUUGGGAUCACUAUGAGGAAGAAUUUGAUUCAGGUUCUGAAGAUCAAUCUGGUGAUAGCACAAGUCAAGUUCCCGAUGUUGUUUUGCCAAAGAGUAAAGGGGCUGACUUUCAUCACCUGAUUGCUGAGGCUCAGUCUCAGUUGGAGUCGAAUCCUUACACAGAUAGCCUUUGUUCUUUAGAUGAUAUUCUGCCUGGAGACUUCAAUCAGUUUGUGGGCAUUAUGCUUUCAGUAAGGGGAGAGGGCAUUUUGUCAUUGAUUCAGAAUGAUAAUUUUGUUGUGGAAGACAGAACAACUGCAACUCAUGAGGCAUCAUUUCUCUCCUUGAAUUUGCAUGCUCUUGCUGAACAACUUGAAAAAGUAAAUUUAUCUGAGAGGCUCUUCAUUGAAGAAGAUCUAUUACCAUCAGAGCUGCAUGCAGAGGGAUCAAAGGCAAACAGCAAUCAGGAAUCUGACCAAAUGCAAACAACAUCUGAGGGAAAAGCAGCUGCACAAAUAACUGAAGAACUAACUCUAAAUGAUUCUACUGAUAAGGUCAAUAUUGCCGCUAAAAAUGUUGAGCAUAUAUCAUUUAGCUCUGGGAGCAAGUCUGUAGAUGCAACAUUGUCUAAUGAAGGUUUGGAUUCAGUGGAUGAAGUUUACAGUGAUUUUAUUUCCAGUCAACGUGACAAAUCUGGUAAAAGUAGAGCAUUGGAGUCUUCAACACACGACAAUUCAAAUUCUGCUUCGGUCCCUAACAAAAAAGUUUCUACUUUUGAAGCGGUAGCUGCAGAGGCAGAAUUGGAUAUGCUUCUUAAUUCUUUCAGUGAGACGAAGCUUCUUGAUUCUUCUGGCUUAAAGACCCAAAAAAGCUCCAAUGAUUAUUAUACAGAAGGUUCUCCAUCUUUGGCCCAACUUGCAAGAAAAGGCGAUGAUUCAUCUAAAUCUGCAGGUGUUAAUUCCAGUGUUGAUGAUUUACUUGAUGAUUUAUUGAAAGAAACAUCCACAAUGGUAAACCAAGGUGUUGAUUCAUCUAAAUCUGCAGCUGUUACUUCCACUUUUGAUGAUUUGUUACAAGAAACAUCCACAUUAGUAAACCGAAAUGGUUUGUCUAGGCAUACUGAUGUCAAAGCUGCCCAGGACAGCGGUCAGUCUUCUCCAUCGUCUCACUCUGUCCCAAAGCCAAAAGUAUUGAAUGAUUUCGAUUCAUGGUUGGAUACGAUUUGAUGGUUUGUUACUAAGAAACCUCACUCUUGAAAACUAAACUGAUGUAUAAAUUGCUCAUCAAAGACGGCUUUACACUUCCUUUUCAAGUUUAUUAUGCAAAUUUUUUGUUUCCUGUUUAGGAGCUGAAAUAAAAUCCAUAAA